GACAUAUUGCAACAUACAUAUAGUUAAGGAGAAGAUAGCGUAAAAAGGUUACAGAGAAAUAAAACAGAGAAUUGUAAAAAUCAGACAACAUGACAGAAAGAGAUAUCUAUUCAGUUGUUAAGAAACCUAAUCGGCAAGACAAAGAUUCAACAACAGAACCCAGGAAAAGAGGAAAUUAUGAGAAUGAAAAUCCGCCUAGCUAUGCGCUAGUUGGAAUCCAAUAUGCGUCAUCAGGAGCCUUCAAACAAAAGGAAAAUCCAAAAGCUGCAGAGUAUGAAUCUGGACCCACUUAUGCAGUCGUUGGGGAAAGCUUUCCAUCAUCUGGAGUUGCUACUGUAAAUAAAAAUACAAAGGCUGCGGUACUUGAGGAAGAACCUACCUAUUCACUUGCUGGAAAUAGCCUUCCAUCAUACAGAGUUACAGAGGAAGAACCCAACUAUGUACUGGUUGGAAGUAGCUUUCAGUAUGGAGUCACGACUUCAGUGGAAAAUUCAAAAGCUCCAGAAACAAAGGAAGAUGUGGCAAAGUAUGGCAACCACCCAACAAAACUGAUCAUCGCUUUGUGUAUCACGGUGAUUAUCCUCCUGGUAGUAAUCAUUGCCUUAAUUAUUUACACUGCAGCAAUGAGGGCUAGCAAUGCUGAGGCCCAUGUGGACAAACUGACAAAGCUGUGUCGACAGGUUGCUGCAGCAAUGAGGGCUAGCAAUGCUGAGGCCCAUGCGGACAAACUGACAAAGCUGUGUCGACAGGCUGAUGGCAAAGAUAUGUCAUUGGAAAUAUUCUGUGAUUGUGGAACAACUUCUGUGGCAAAACAUUUUUCAUUGCAAUCCACAGUUUUUAUUAAGACGUUAUUAGUAAAGUCAUUGCCACCGUUAAUGUCAAUAUUUGAUGAACUACUAGGUGAACCAUGA